AUGACCCAAACACCCCCUCAGUAUAAUCCGGAACAAAAGUUAUGGGACUAUUUCAAUAUGGAUGUGCCAACUGAAGCCUUGAACUCUACCGAGUGUGCGGACGUGAUGCCUGCGCCGGAGCACGGCUUUGUGGUGGGGAUGUACAGUGCUUUAUUAGUGGUGGGAGCUGUGGGGAAUGCUGGGGUCUUCGCUUCCCUGGUCAGAUCAAGGCGGAGGAAAUCCAGGGUCAAUCUGUUGAUGACUCACUUGGUUGUCGCUGACUUGAUUGUCACCUUUAUUGUUAUACCACUUGAGGUGAGUUGGAGAACCACGAACGCCUGGCUGGCUGGCAAUUUAGCUUGUAAAAUUUUCUUGGUCCUUCGAGCCUUCGGAUUGUAUUUAUCAUCUAAUGUUUUAGUCUGCAUUUCUGUUGAUAGAUAUUUCGCAAUUCUGCACCCGUUGAGAUUGCCUGUAGCGAGAAAAAGAAGCAAAACUAUGUUGUCCCUCGCCUGGUUAAUUGCACUUCUCUGCAGUUUGCCUCAAAGUUUAGUGUUCAGAGUGAUGCACCAUCCGAAAGUUCCCGAAUUUGAACAGUGCGUGUCGUUUGAAGCAUUCGCAAACCAGAGUCAAGAACUAGCGUAUAAUGUGUUCUGUCUAUGUGCAAUGUAUUUUCUGCCAUUGUUGAUUAUAAGUGUUUGCUACGUGUGUAUAUUUUACGAAAUAUUUAAGAAUUCAAAACAAAAUUCAGAGAGGAGCAAUGAGUCAGACCACAGUCGCGUGAUGCUGCGGCGGUCAGAUCAGCGUCCAUUAGCACGCGCGCGCCGGAGAACACUUCGAAUGACGGUUACCAUAGUAACGGUGUUCGCUUGCUGCUGGCUACCGUACGCCACCAUGACUUUGUGGUGA